AAACAGGGUUGUGAUGGAGGUAUUCUUCUAGAUGAUAUUCCUGGAUCAUUCCAGGGGGAACAAACCUCACCACCCAACGAUAACUCAGCCAGAGGCUUCGAAGUCAUUGCACAAGCUAAACAAAGUGUUGUAGAUACAUGCCCCAACAUAUCUGUAUCUUGUGCUGACAUCUUAGCUAUUGCUGCUCGUGAUUCUGUUGCUAAAUUAGGAGGACAAACCUAUUCGGUUGCACUAGGGAGAAGCGAUGCAAGAACAGCCAACUUUACUGGUGCUUUACUUCAACUUCCAGGUCCAUCCGACAACCUAACAGAACAAAUACGAAAAUUCAGCGACAAAAAUUUCACUAUCCGCGAAAUGGUGGCGCUAGCCGGGGCACACACGGUGGGUUUCGCCAGGUGCGUCACCGUGUGCAACAGCAACAACGUUAACCCUGCUGCACAACUCCAAUGCAACUGCUCUGCUACACAGACAGACUCCAAUUUGCAACAAUUGGAUGCAACUCCUGCUGUUUUCGACAAAGUUUACUACGAUGCGUUAAACAGCAACCAGGGGAUAAUGUUCUCGGAUCAAGUGUUGACAGGGAACACAACAACUGCUGCUAUUGUAACCACUUAUAGCAAUGAUGUUAACGUUUUCUUGGGAGAUUUUGCUGCUGCAAUGAUCAAGAUGGGGAACUUGCCUCCUUCUGCGGGUGCUCAAUUGGAAAUUCGCGAUGUUUGCAGCAGAGUCAAUCCAAGUUCUGUGGCUUCUAUGUGAAAAUGGAACAAAAUUGAAAUUGGGAAAAAUAAACCGAAGUGUUAACUAUAAAUUAGUUGCUUGAUGUGUGUGUUUUUUCAUAAUAAAAGAAUCACUGGCUCCAGAAUACUGUUCUGGUAAAUUUGUUUUGUAAUUUGUGUUAGUAUUUGUUUUCAUCCUUUCAGUAUUAUGAUCAGUUGAUGCAAUGUAUAUGUUCCAAAAUAUAUGGAUAUUGUUGUCCUUGUGUGCUA